CUCAGGAGGAUUUGACCCUUUCCUCAUAUUGCGACGAGAGACUUCAACCUCCGACAUUUUCAACCCUUCCUUCCAAAACAUGAAUCCUCAUGCUGUUGAAUUCUUGCCGGGAAUUUGGGAACACAAUCAGAGACAAAUCUUGAACCCACGAGCACCUAUGUUUGUGCCCAGAGCAUCUUCUACCAGUAGCUUGGAGGGUUUUCAACAACUAUCCGAACCAUCUCAGGCAUGCUCUCCAGAAUCUCCUCUUCAUACGCCACCUGAGACACAAGAAGGUGCUCAAGCGAGUCGACCAGAGCGUACAUUUGAACGAAGACUCGCCUGGAUUGUCGACUGCAGCGAUGUGUUUGAUUAUAAUAGCCCAGUACCUACGGGCAUGUCGCCCACACAUGAGCCGAGACCGUUCUGGGAAAAGGGUGAGCAAUGGUGGACCAAGUCCAAAGACUGGGUCCAUCACGUCAACUUCUUCGGUGAAGUAGUAUAUACAAAGUCGGCCACCAAUCCUGCCACGACAAUUGCAGUUUUGAAGACGUCGUCGAAGUGGAUCGCGAAACAUGAUCCCUUCAAGUCGCAGAACCAUUUCGUGGUCACCAAGGCAUCUCGUCUCUUAGAUCCGGUCAUGUACUACGGCAACCCGGAUUUGCUCAACAGUCUUCGUGGAACUGCGCUCGAAACCGCCUGCAUCGGACAGUGUGUCAAUUUUUACGCUGGGGUCGGCUUGUGGCUGGAGGACGACUAUGAUGAGUCCGAGCACGAACCACACAUCGACAGGCUCGACCCGAAGACAUAUCCGGAUGGCCAGACCAUCAUCAACGGCUGCACCCCUGGGUUCCCAAGCCGCACGGAUAUCCUCAGUGCCGGGACUGAGGAACAAUUGGCCAUGGACAAAGCCCGACAAGCCGCGAUGAAGAGUCGUAUCGCGCGAGGCCCGGUCAAGUCAAGGUUGUCCGAGUGUUGCAUCUCCUUCGAUGAUGUGGACUACUUACCAGACGCUGUCGUCUGCAGGAAUGUGUACCCGCAACAUGGGUCAGUACGUCCCAGCGAUGUCCAAGGAACAAAUGCGCCAGCUGUACCAGCUUAA